AUGCGAGCCCUAGCCACUACCAAUGCCUGUCACUCUCUACCACGGAAGAUCUGGGGUCUCAUAUGCGCUCAAGCCGACGACUUCACCCUCUUGGUCGUCUACCGCCAGGUGUCACGGCUAGUCCGAUCUGAAGCCGAACGAGAAUUUGCGCGGACGCACCUACCCAAGCUCUGCGUCGAAGAACAGAUCUAUCAAAUUGUCAGCCUUAGCAAGGAUGGCCAACAAGCGCGCCUCCAGCUGAACGUUCACGUCACCAUCGAGACCGACGAUGUUGCCAGUCGCUUUCAGGAGGCCAGCGACGCUAAUUCGUUGCAGGCGGCGGUCAACAAGGCCUUGACGAGAGCUCUGGAGGACACUGAUAUCGACUUUGGCCGUGACACUAAGGUACCGGCGACUGUUGGCAGCUAUACCAACAACAACCCUCUCUUCAUCUCAAAGAUAGAUGUGCGCAGAAAUGAGUGCUUCAUCGACUUUAAGAGCUUCCUCUGUGCUUUCUACGGCGACUAUGCGCGUGUAGGAAGGCGUUUGGAUCCGCAGAAUCCCUACCAGGCAGUACUUGCCUUGCUUGCAACAUUCAAGGACGACAUUAUUGAAAUUGUCAACAGGCACUCAGGGAUCGUCCAAAUAUCCUUUCAUAAUGUUUGGAAGGAUAUAAGCUCUGGAGUUAGAGACCUAGAAGUCGAGAGACUCUUUCAGCAAGCCUACCUUGAUCGAGUCAAGCAGGCCUGUACGAGUCGUGGAGUACAGUUCACAACGAGUAUAGAAGAGAUAUUUGAACUUCGCUGGAACUUGUAUCAGCCUUCUAAAGCUCGGGCACGUCAAAUCUAUGAAUGCGUUAAAAGGGAGCAAAACGCGAGUCAAUGA